AUGACACAUCCAACCUCACCACGUCUGCCCGGCGUACCGAUACUGAUGCCAUCUGCAUCUGGACCGGAGUACUCCCGAUGGCGGCGGGGCGUACAAUUUGUCCUGGAAUCGAAAGGAACGUGGAAAUACUGCGACGGCUCUCUUCCCAUGCCCAUGCCCAAGACACGAAGAAGCUCCAGCAUGUCAACCAAAAAGACAAAAGACACACAACCCAGCCUUCUGGAAGAGCGCCGAGCAUGGGUCCGGCAAGACCGCGAAGUCAAACUCGACAUCUUCCUCUCCCUCGCCGAAGAAGUAAUGCAAGACGUAUUCGAAGUCGGACCUCCUUUACCACCCACAAACCACUCUGCGCAACAACUCCUCGAAGCCCUUGAUGCGCGCUUCGCCGUCUUCAACUUUGAAUCCUACCACCACGCCUUCUGCCACUUCCUCAACCUACACAUCGACCAAUACGACAGCAUGCAGGAAUUCAACCAGGAAUUCAAAACCGUUCUCGAGGACCUGCUCGACUACGGCCACCCGCUCACCAACGCCCAAGCCUGCAGCGCCUACUUUUCCAAACUACGCUGCACGCAGAAUCCAUGGGUAGCGCAGAAACUAGAAGAAUGGGGUAGUUAUAGCAGCAGAGAUAGUGGUAAAGAACAAUCGGAAAAUGAACCAAACAUCUACGACCUCAUGCAAGAGUCUCCACCAUGGUCCUGCGUCCGCCCGCUAGCAACAAAGUCAUCGCAAACCUUCCACACUCAACAGCGGCGGCAGCAGAGGCGACGGAGUCCGAUACCAAAGCCGGAAGGAUCGGAAGAAGAACAAUAUUCCUCACCCAACACAUCCCGUUCCUCCAGCCCCUCAAACAGCGGCUCCACACCACCACCCACCCACUCGUCGUCCAUAUCAACCCUACCAUCAGCGACGUCCUCGCGGCCCCUCUCAAACAACACGACUCACUCCCAGGAAAUUACUGUUUACGCAUCGAAAAGCACGGGUGGCGGUGUGGAGUUGGAUGCAAAGGCUUUACAUGCUGCGUUGGAGAAACUUUCGUCUGCUUCUUACACUACCACCACUGCGCUACCUCGACCUUCUGCCGUUACGACUAAACCACAACAACAGCAACAGCAACAACUAAAAUCCGAAUCCAUAACACCACCAUGGCUAGCACCACUAAACCGUCCUCUACCCCCCUUACCACCGCCUUCGCCCCCACCACCAGUAAAAGGAGGAGAGAUACUAGAAGAUGUCUUCCGACCAAUUCCAAGUGCACCUCGGGCUCGGGCUCGUUAA